CAUACCCAUUCAAUAUAGCUGUCAGCUCACUGAUCCAACACUUAUAAAUGGGUACGAAUGUAGAAAAGCUAAGAAAAAAUAAAUAUAUUUAACAUUUUUCGCGAGAGGUUUACCCGUUUAGUUUCAUAAAGUUUAUAUUCAGACAACGUCCAUUCAUGAAGACAUUCGGUUUACGGUGAAAAUAACCUGGUCGCUACAACACCGGUGCUGACAUUUGGCACACAUUUUCUUCUCAUACAGAAGUGGAUUAUAUAUUAUUCCAGUUUUGUAAUUUUUUUAUUAUUUAAAAAAAAAUAGAAGAGACCAACAUAAGAGAUUGAGUGCGGUGACAUAAUUCAGUUUUGUUAUAACAUAUAAACCUAUAUGUGAAUUCAUCACUUUUUUUUACUAUUGUUCCUAAAAUCGCGUGGUGUGGUGUAUAAUAUAUAGCAAAAUUACACUUUUUUUUCUGCGAAGCGAAAAAGUAAAAUAAAUAUCCGACAAUUUGCGGUGGUGUUGAUAGAAUAAUCUUGAAUUUUGAAUAAUCGAAAUUGUGUGUUUCUUUUUCGGCCAUACAAAAAUGAAUGUGGAAGUAACACCAAACUAUUCGUAUGUCUUUGAUUUUGAAAAUGAGUUCAUACAUCAGGAGACUCGCAUGUGGAUGGUGAAAAAUUGGACAUGGGUUUUCUAUUACUGCGGUGCCUAUAUGCUGGUCAUAUUUGGCGGACAAUAUUAUAUGGCUAGCAGACCAAGAUUUGAGCUGAGAGGAUUGUUAGUAAUAUGGAAUACAGCACUAGCUAUGUUUUCGAUAAUGGGCGCGAGUAGAACAGCACCAGAAUUGAUACAUGUCUUGCGACAUUAUGGUCUCUUCCAUUCAGUUUGUGUACCAAGUUACAUCGAACAAGAUCGUGUCUGCGGCUUCUGGACAUGGCUAUUCGUCUUAUCAAAACUACCUGAAUUGGGCGACACAAUAUUCAUAGUAUUGCGCAAGCAGCCGUUAAUCUUUCUCCAUUGGUACCAUCACAUAACCGUGCUCAUCUAUUCCUGGUUCUCCUACAGCGAAUACACAUCGUCGGCCCGAUGGUUCAUCGUGAUGAACUAUUUCGUACAUUCCAUUAUGUAUUCGUACUAUGCAUUGCGGGCAAUGCGUUUCAAACCACCACGUGCCAUUUCCAUGCUCAUCACAUCGUUACAGUUGACACAGAUGGUUGUCGGCUGUGCCAUAAACAUUUGGGCCCACGAUUAUCUGAAAAUGUCUGGCCGAUCCGGUUGCCAAAUAUCGCCGAUCAAUAUUAAAUUAUCGAUUGCCAUGUACUUUAGCUACUUUGUGCUAUUUGCACGAUUCUUCUACAAAACGUAUUUGACGUCGAAUGCACGCAAGGGAGCCGCUUCGCUGAGAAAUUCGGAUUCGAUAGCUCAAAAUAACAAACUUAAAGCUCAAUAAGUUAGGAAUUUUAAAUAUUUUUUUUUUACAAAAAACAAAGGAAAAUGUUGGAUUUAUCGAUUUAUUUAAGUUUUCUUGUCAACUUCUUCUUUUCUUUUUUUUCGGAAAUUAUGAGAAGUUGGUUUCCUCUUAUCAUUUUCACAAAAAUAAGCUAGGAUACCAAUAACUGUAUCAGGAAUUGCUUGGGGGGGAAAUUUGAGAUUUUUUUUCUUCUCAAAAAGUCCAUUUUGCUGUAGACAAUGGAAUAUGUUAAGAAAAUAUUUUAUGGAAAAGCUCACUUGUAGAGGUUGUUUUUUUUUAUUUGCUUAAUUUUUGUAAAAGGAAAUAAAUAGUGGUGUUGUGUGGUAAACAAUUCAUAGCAUGCAAAACUUGUAAAUUAGCAAGACUACAUUUCGCCUCUAUUGUUUAUAGAUUUUCUUUUUCUUUUUGAUUUGUGAUAAUAUUUAAUUUUAAAAAAAUAUUUCAUUUUUUUAUUCGAUGAACGUAUCAAAUACGUUCGCCAUUAUCGAUUUAUAAAAAAGUUUUUGUUUUUAAGAUGAGCAGUAAAAGUUUGUAUUCCCAAUUUUUGUAGAUAUAAAUUUUGAUUUAUCUAUAACAUUAUGCUCUGGUCAUUAUGUAAUCAUUAUACAAACACCUAGUAUAAAGUCAUAUAAUUACUAAAAAAACAAAAUUAAUAAAAUUCUACUUCCACAAUCAUUAAGUGUAUUUAACGCCCAGGUAAAACCCGAAUAUAUUGCGCACGAAAUCUGUUUUUUUUUCUAUCAAUUCUCUCUAGCCUGACUGAAUGAAGUACGAAAAAUCGGUUUGCCAAAACAAUUUUUUUCUCAUCCCGACAUUAAGUGAAAUAUAAUUUAUGCGAUGGCAGUAUAAUCAUGCGAACAAUUUUUUUAUAUUUUAAUUUGACCUGUAACCAACAACUAUACAUAAGAGAAGAUUCAAAUAAUUGAACGGUAUGCCCCUUACCGUUUAAGGGCUCUACUGAAAGCUUCAAAAAAUAGUUCUAAUGAAAAUGAAGUGUCCGGAAAAGUUGAAAGCUUUACCGAAAUUCAGCCAUCAUUGCUGUUAAUGAAUUUACUAAGUGACAAAAAAUGUUCACAUUAAAGUAUGGAAAAAAAAAUAAUUGGCAACUUUACGCACAGAAUGUGAAUUGGACAGAGAUGGUCUCUAAACAAAAUUGGUAAAUUUGUGCUUCCCACUUGAAUGGAACAAGAAAUUGAAGUUUUGCGUUGAUUUUUUGAUCGUUUUUCCACUAAUUUUCUGGAAAAACUGUGAACCAAACGAAACCUCAAAAUUUAUUUUGCUCUCUUAAUUUCUUCCAUUAUUUUCUUGUCCACUGAGAACAAAAAAACAAAAACAAAAUGAAUACACAAAACCAUCAUUGCCAUUGUUGCGCACAUUCCACAAGAAAAGUUAAAAAAAAAAGAUUGCAGAAAACAGUA